CAAUUAUGACGUCAGUUCUGGACACGUGAUAGUAAUAGUAGCUGGAUGAUGGGCUUAUAAUCGAGUGAAAAUACCCUCGUGCAAGAACUUCGAGGCAAAAGAGGGGAUGGGCGUUUAUUCAAGAUGGGCUUAUUUUCGCGACGGUACGGUAUAGCUACAGCUAGCUCAUGUUUGGAUCCUUCGCAGCCAGGUAGCUAGCCCAGUUUAAGGUACCACCAGUGUCGGUGGUGCAGGCCGAAGGUGUGGACGCAGUCUGUAUCUUGGUGCUGUAAACCACAGUUGGGGAAUCAAUGGAACCUUUCCAGCAGAAGGCAAGUACCCAACUGACGUUACUCGUACCCAAGCAUCUGGUAAUACCCCAGCAACACUGACCAUCCCAGCCACAGCACAUUACAACAAUACUGUGGUGCUGUGUAGAGUUGAAGGAGGGCUCAGGCUGACCGAGAAUGCUACCUUGACGAUAUUUGCAAUUUCUGCUAAAACAAGUAUAUAAUGAUACGGAUAUUAUCAUUUUGUCAUGGGCUUACGUUUACUACCAACCUCACGUACUGUGUGAACUUCAACAAAAUGACAAUUGUCUGCAAUAAGACACUUCCUCCAGUGUGUGGACUUACAGAGACGCAGUACACUUUACAUAUCCCAACCACAAUCGGUAUGACAAUUUUUUUUCACGGUGACUCCUGUUGAUGGAGGGAAUCAGAUGAAAGGAACAGCUAUAGUGAACCAGUUGCUGGAUCAUUUACAUCAGCUAGAGGUGUAAGAACAGUUGUCAGCCAAGAAGAAGACUCAGAUAAAAAAUGUGUGAUGUUUGAAGCAAUGGUCCCUGAAUGUACACUGUUUACUUUGUAUCGAGUGGAAUUUGGAUCACUACUAGUAGGAUUCUAAGAGUGGUGCUCUUAACGCAUCUGGAAAUGUUUCAAUCACCUUCUCACUUCCUACUGACAUUCUAACAAAUAUCUCUGUGCUGUGCUGCUAAUGGAAUUGACCUGAUGUUUGAAAGUUUAUUAAGUACUAGUGAUAUUCAAAGACUUCUACCUGAGACUGAUUGUUCCGAAAGCAUCAGUGUUUGUGCAUGGUCGUAUUGAAUAUGCUGUGGAUUCUUUUUCUCUUGGGGCUCUAAUGUAUUUAGUUCCCAUCACAAGUUAUCAUGCACAAGUGAGUCCAGCAGCAUUAUGUUGGCUGUGCCAAGGAGUACGGGUGAUAGUUUCAGUAUCAGUCACAUACCUCCUGGAAGAUACAGUCUCCUUGCUUUUGACCUGGAGAACAACCGUCUGCCAAGAAUGCCACUCUCUCUAGCAUCUACAAGUGAAAUACUGGAAGUGAGUACGUCACGAGGAACUGCUGCUCCCCUGCCCAAUAGUGUAGGAAUCACUGCCGUUAAGUUACUCAGUGGAGAUGUUGAAGUGCACUGCUCUAUACCUGUAACGAACUGCUUAGAAUUGGUGUUGGUUCGUUCAAUCAACUCUCCAGAACAAUUAUAUGUCCGGCUCAUCAACUCUACUGAUGAAAGAAGAACUGUUUUCUCUGUUGAUCUCAUUGGUAUAACGCCACAGCCUUUGUAGCAAUGCUCACUUGGGAGAAAAUGACUCUAUAUUUGACAGUCAAUUUUCCCUCAUCACCCAACUAGAAACAUAUCCUAACUGGAAACAUCGGUUAGGUUGUUUCAGUCAGAUUAUUUGUUACGAUGUAGGAGUAGUAUUAUAGUUGUUGACAAUGCCUUGAUAAGAUUGUUAAUUAGCCUAGUUUAUUCAAAACAAUUAUUCAUCUUAAAAUAUUCCCACCUGCAGCUGUCUCAACCAUGCCAAUCAUUUCGGCUCCUCAGACACAACCCACUGCAGUAUAGUAGCAGUUCUUCUGGUUCUAGUCGUAAUAAAGAGGACUAAACGAGGCAGAAAAGUAUUAAAUUCCAGCUGCCGUCACAUGAAAAGAAUGAAGGUGUUGAAUUGACGUCUGUUGUUGUACUCCACGAUGUUUGCAAGGAUAACAACUACAACAUACGUAGCUGACAGCGGUAUUGCCUUGUCAUCAACUUACAAUGUAAUCCGUGAAGAGAACUUACAUGACAGAGGUAAAUCAUCGUAUGAUGUAAUCCUCACUGAGGACCUUUCCGAUAUCGGUAGUGGAGUGUAUGACGUAGCACGUAAGGAGAACAUGAAUGACUCAGCAGACGCCACACGAACUCUUUACGUUGUGGUCAGUAGCGAGUACUUACCGCCACCUGGCUACGAAUCAGUCACAGCUAAAACGUCACCCAUUUCACUAUAUUACCCCCUCCUAUGAUCCGAGAGAGCAGUGAAGCUCCGUCUCUUCCUGCUCCAUACAACUCCGGAGUGGAUACUCUUUUAGAGAGUGUCGUUAACAGGUCGGUUCAGAAUGAAGUUGUGGUAACAAAGGACGAAUCAAGGCAAGGAGAUGUAUUUUCAAAUGAGAAAUGUGCAAAUAAGACAAAAGACGAUACUGAUGAUGACGGACAAGAGGAAAAGGUCAUUGUUGAGCACCUGUAUGUGAUGGUCAAAGCAGAGCCAGGUGCCAACUCAGACGAUCCCACGAGGGUCGUGUACGCUCAGGUGAACAAGAAGAAACAGAAGCUUGUCCGUCUUACUGGGUCAGCUGCAGCUGGUAUUGCAGAGCCAAUCAGCAUGCUUCUGUGGAUUCUUGUGACCGUAUUCAGCCCACUGCAAGUACAUAGCCCUAGCUGAACAAUUUGCAUGUCAUCAUGAUUGUAAUCAAAUUUUUCAACUUCCCCUCACUGGAUGCAAUAGUCCCUGUAAACCGUGUAUUUUUUCCAUAGCUAUUGUUUCAUAAUUUUACUCGUUUGUGUGAAUUUGCAUUGCUUUCUUGUAAAAUCAAUAACGCUGAUGCAUUUUAUAGGAAUUAACG